CUCUCUCUCCCUCCCUCCCUCCCUCCCUCUAUCUCUAUCUCACUCUCACUCUCUUUCACUCAGCCAGAUGAGCCGAGGCGAGCCGCUCAGCAAGGCAGCUUAAAUGUGCGCAUCCAGCCUUUCAGACAGCUAAGAGAGAAGGAGCGGAGAGAAAAGGAGAACAAGAGCAGAGAGAGAGAGAGAGAGAGAGAAAGAGAGGGCUAGAGAGAGAGAGGGAAGGGAGUGAGGGACUUUGAACUGGGGUAUGGAGAAAGAGUGGGCAGAGUUGAAAGAGUGCAAGAGACAGCUGGAGGGCUAGUGUGGGAGUGGGCUGAGUGUGUACUGUAAGCAGAGGAGUGGAGAGGGAGAGAAGAGAGAGAGACAGAGAGAGAGAGACAGAGAUAGAGAGAGCGAGAGAGGAGGAGAAGAGAGAGAGCGAGGGAGGGAGGAGAGGAAUGUCACAUCGGAGUGCUAGACGCAACAUGGCGAGGGCAGGCGUCCCGACGCUGUGCUCCUGAGCUUUCAGCCUUUGUGUCAUUUUUUUUUGAUCCACACUCCGAUCUAUCACCACGGAACCUCAGCGCCGGCGCCAAUCUCUCCGAGUCCGUCGUCGGCAAACUGCUCUGGAACCGACACACGUCGUCCAUACUCCUCGGACCAGAACCCCUAAUCGGACCUCCCUGUGUAGCGUGGAGUAGCAUGCCCGUGCUGAACGGGCUAUGGCCUGGAGCCGGAGACCAGAGUCUUGGGGCUGCCGACGGGACGGACUUGGGCUCAGUGAGAUCCCAGUCCGGUGCUGGGCCCGGGGUGGUGCCGGGCUGGGUUUGGCCCCUGGGGGGGACGCCGGUGCCGUGCGGAGGGGGGGUCCCGGUGCAGCUCCCGGCGCUGCUGAAACGGAUUCGCAGCGCGUGGAGGACACGGCUGACCCUCCUGGGCUUCCGUAGGACAGAGGUUGCCUUCGAGAGAGAGGACGCCUGCCCGUGCUUCGCAGGAGAUGGACGACUGAGAGGGCACACGGUGAUCCUGUCUGAGAGGAGAGGCUCCUACCCACUCAUAGACCUCCGCUUGUUGAACAACACUGCGCAGCAGGGGGAAACUGGCAGCAGGCGUAAGUUGAAGAGGCUGCUGAGCUUCCAGAGGUACUGCCACGCCUCGCGACUGCUCUCCAGCCUCUCCCCACACACCUCCCUGCACCUGCUGGACGAGGACUACCAUGCACAGGCCGGGCACAUGCUAUCAAAGGUUGGAACAUGGAACUUUGACAUUUUCCUGUUUGAUCGACUCACCAAUGGAAACAGUCUGGUCACGCUCAUGUGCCAUCUCUUCAAUGUGUACGGGCUCAUUCAACACUUCCAGUUAGACAUGGUCAAGUUGCACAGAUUUCUGGGGAUGAUCCAGGAGGACUACCACACCCAGAAUCCGUACCACAAUGCCGUGCACGCCGCUGACGUGACUCAGGCCAUGUACUGCUACCUGAAGGAGCCCAAGUUGUGUGAGGCGCUGACUCCUCUGGACGUGUUCCUGGCUCUGAUGGCGGCGGCGGCCCAUGACGUGGAUCACCCCGGAGUCAACCAGCCCUUCCUCAUCAAGACCAAACACCACCUGGCCAGCCUCUACCAGAACACCUCUGUGUUGGAGAGUCAUCACUGGCGCUCCACUGUGGGGAUGCUGAGGGAGUCGGGCCUGUUGUCGCACCUACCGGCAGAGGAGACGCAGGACAUUGAGCACCAGCUGGGUUCUCUGAUCCUGGCCACCGACAUCAGCCGGCAGAACGAGUUCCUGACCAGCUUCAGAGAGCACCUGGAUCAACAGGACCUGAACCUGGAGGACACACACCACCGACACUUUAUACUGCAGAUUGCUCUGAAGUGUGCUGAUAUCUGCAACCCGUGUCGUGUGUGGGAGCUGAGCAGGCAGUGGAGUGAGCGGGUGUGUGAGGAGUUCUACAGGCAAGGCGACCUUGAGCGCAAGUUUGACCUUGAGAUCAGCCCUCUCUGUAAUCAGCAGUCUGACUCAGUUCCUGCCAUUCAGAUCGGGUUCAUCUCCUACAUCGUGGAGCCGCUCUUCGAGGAGUGGAUGCGCUUCACCGACGGCAGCGAGCUGACAGAGAGCAUGAUGGGACACAUGCGCAAGAACAAGGCCCGCUGGAGACAGCUGAGGCAGGAGCCGCCAGCCUCUCCACUCCAGGAGGAAGCUGAGGUGCCUGAGGACUCCGGAACUCCGUGAAGGUUCCACUCCGGAUGGCCUUUUUUCCCCCCAGAGGAGGAUGGGAGCACUUUUUUCCCCCUCUGAACCUCCUCCUGCUCCCGAUUGCUUCUGCCCUGUAGCUUUCUGCCAGCUGGGGGCAUCGUGGGUGUUUCUGAGGAGCAAUAUUUUGCAGGGUAUAGCACCACCUUGUGGAUGGAGGAGCAAAGCCCUGCUCCCAAGGUGGAAGGUUACCACGCAGAGAGAUGAAGCCAAAUAAACCAGAAACCUCAACUUCACCUCUGACUAAAAUGUAUCUUUUUUGGAGAUCUUUUUUUUCCCUUUUUUAAUUUCUUAAAACAAGCAAAGAAGAAAAAAACCUCCAUAGUUUUUAAUGGAUCCUUUUUUGGGUAGGGGAGGAGUGGUAUGAAGAGCCAUUUAAACACCUGUUUACCCAUCAUGCAACACUGCAGCACUGGAUGCAACUAAAGAACAUUUUUUUAAAGGGAACCGGAAUUAUAAACAAGCCAAAAUAGUCAGCUGGACUGCACAGGAUUGAUACUCCCCCAAUCACUGAAGACCUGCAGUGCAAAGUGUACAGAUGAAUAUAGCCUUUUUAGAGGAUCUUUCGAAACUAAAUAAGACAUUCCUACAUAUUUUACCUUUUUUUGUACAGCUUGCACUGACAAUAAAUGAUACUCGAUUUUAACAUCCAAACUCUUUCCACUGUACAGCCUUUUUAACAACAUCGAGAUAAAGGAGGCGUGAAACAUGACAGACAGAAACUUCAAGUGAGAAGGCUUUGUUUAAAAAGACAUGUGCCAGGAUCACUGUUGUGUUACUGAAUAGUGUGUACAUACAGUGGAAGCCAAAAGUUUUCAACCCCUAAGAUCCGUCACCAUUUGCCGUUGCAAAAAAUUGCAUAUAUUUUCCCAAAUGCCCUUUUUCAUGAAUACAAACAAUAGUACACCAUAAGUACCCAAAGCCAUACAACUGUGUUCUGAAUUGAGGCAGACACGUGAUUUAUAUAACAUCAUGGGUGUUGUGUUUUUCCACCUUAAUAGAUUGUGUAUUUCAACACAGUCUACUUAUUAGCUAGUUCUACUCAAUGAAUGAGGAGUCACUCUUAAUACAAUAUCUGUUUGGCUGCAGUGCAAUUAUGUAAGCCGUCAUCAUUCACUUUGAUAUGUGAAUGCCUUAUUUGUUAAAACAUUUCUACUGUACGGAUGUUAAUUCUGAGAAAAUACAUGUUUGGGAAAAUAUGUAGGAAGGGCUUUUGGACACUAGAAUUAUUUUGCAGAUUCUCUGAGGGUUGACUACUUUUUUCAAGCCAUUGUAUAUUUUGCACCUCUGGAUCUUAUUUCACUUAGGCCUAAAUAUUGUUAUUUUUUUCAAGUUAAGAGAGAUAACCAUUCAAAAAGGACAACAAAUCUGUCUCUGUAUUUCACUGCAUUGUUUCUAUUGUCAUAUGAUUACAGUUGCAAACUACAAGCCUUAACAUCAGCAAACUUCUUUUUUUAGAUGAUGUAAAUUAUUCAAUUGCUUUUUUCCCCCUCUCAUCUCGUCUGUGGCAUUCACAAGAACUGCCCCCAGAAACAUUCGUGUAAUUACUUUUCCUAACGGUUCUAUACAGGCUCUGUGUGUAAUAUCUUAUCUUCAAACACCUAUAUAAACUAUUUUUUAAUCACCUACACUUUAUUUCUAAAUGGCCAACACUGUACACUGGCAUUAUUCAGGUGUUUGCCUUUUUAAACACAUGAGUUAAGAAAAACAUAAACCCUGUGAGCACAGGGAGCACAGUGUCAUUGAAAUGUCAAAAUGUUUUUUGGGAUGUCCUAGCUCGCCCCAACAGUAGAGGAUGUCAGGGGUUUUGGGCUGCUCCAAACAUGCCCGUCUCAGCCGUUUCCCCCUUCACAGCCUCCAUUCUCAGACCAGCUAAAAAGGACUGCAUGGCAACAGUUACCAAGGUGACCACAACACAACAGAAUGCCAUCUUCCAUACAGGAGUGCGUUUCUCAACAGCAUCGUUGCUAACUAAGUUAGCGACUUACUUGGUUGCAAUGCAAUUUCCCAUUGGCAACCUACCAAGUUGCUAACUGGUUAGCAACGAUGGUUUCGAGAAACAGGGUCCAGAUUUGCACAUGUGGCUUACCAGGGAGGAACUUUGAUUGGCAUGGAGGAAAACUUGUCAAGAGUGUGAUUCUCUCUCUCACUUUCUCUAAGUUUAAAGUCAUUGUGAUACCCAAGUAUAAAGAAAGAUUUUCUGAUUGUCAGAUUUUUUUUUAUAAGGCAAAUUUGGGUUGUACUAAACGUCUGUCCUAUGGUUUAGUUUAUCAGGACAAGUGUGUCCAAACGUCAGAGUAAUUGACCCCCUCCCCUUAAGUAAGACCAGUGACUACUAUCCAACUGACCACCAGACACUGUGAUAAAUAAAACAUUAUUACAUUU